UCCACCUAAACCCCGAACAGGACAAAGCAAAGCACACAGCAAACACCUCUCUCUCUCUCUCUCUCUCUCUCUCUCUCGUCUCUGCGCUGCGUCUCUCUCACUGGGAAAAUGAGGAUUAGGGCUUUCUACAUCCUAGCCUUUCUCCUCCUCUCCUCUCCCUUCCUCCAAGUUGCUAGAUGUCAAUCAGACUUGGACGUAGAAGCUGCUGAAGAAGCUAUGGAAGAAGGCUCUGAUCUUGGGAUUGUUGGCGAGGAAGUCCAAAAUUUCGGGGAUGGAAGUUUUAGUCCAGCUCCAGAUGUGGAAACAGUGUGCGUUUUCCCAAAAAAUCCUUCACGAUCGGUGACUGCAGGGGAAGAAUGUGAACUCUUAAUUGGAAUGAAAAAUGAGGGGGAAUCAAGUGUGAAUGUCAUUGCAAUAACGGCCAGUCUUCAUCUUGCUUAUGAGCCUCGUAUGUUGAUCCAAAAUCUUUCCACACAGGUUUUUAACAAUGCUUCAGUUCCUCCCUCAGCACAGGCUGCUUUUCCAUAUGUAUUUGCCGUUAGCAAAUUUUUGCAGGCUGGAACAUUUGAUCUUGUGGGCACCAUUGUCUAUGAGAUAGAUCAGAAUCGAUACCAGAGUACAUUCUACAAUAGUACCAUUGAAGUAACUGAAGCUGGCGGCCCUCUCAGUGUUGAGACUGUUUUCCUCUUUUGCCUUGCAAUAGCGCUGCUUGUACUUCUUGGAUUAUGGAUUCGUACUCAGAUAGAGCACUUCUCUAAGAAAACAAAGAGGGCGACAAAGGUUGAGGUUGGAACUAAGACAACUGAUGCUUCGAUGGAUGAAUGGCUGCAGGGAACUGCAUAUACUCAGUCAUUGUCCAGCAAAACGAAAAAGAAGAAGUAGCUGAUCUGCAUGAAGCACUGUGAGGAUGCUUAGAUUCUCGGAUUCGUAUUAGGCAUGUGGAGAUCUUGAAGAACCCUAGAAGUGAAGUAGUUUGGAAGUUAGGCCAGGAAAAUCUUGCCCUCUGUUGUAGCUUGCGAAAAAAGAAAAAACUUACGGCAUUUCAUUUUCUUGGAGAGACAGAAAACUGAGCCUUUUUUUUCAAAGCUAAAAACUAACCGCAAUUUGAGGUAGGAAAGAUACAGUUUUGUUGAUCUUAAAGUUUUUCGUAUAUGCUUAUUUUGCACUUCCAAUUUGGGGGUUGGUUUUUAA